GGUAUUUGUCUGGAGUCACUUGAGUCAGGACACGCCACUAUAGUUCAUGUAUAUUAAUUAAACCAGAUUUUAAAUAUCAGUAUGAAUAUAAUGUAGUGACGCAAUAUAGAAUAUUUUUUCAUUGUCGUGAAAUGAAAAUUCUAGAGAAUAGCGGAAGCGGGUGUUGCCAUGGUAAACAAACGCACCUGUCGGCGCCGUGUCGGGCUCUGCUUAUAGCUGCUUAAAGUCGUGUUAAAGUUGUAUCUUUGUUGUUGAGAGACAUGGCAAACCUCAACGAUGUUGUCGGUAAAAUUGUUGGAGCGUGUGCGACGAGUGGACUGGACGUGUCGGAUUCACUGGCGUCAUUUCUGGUGAAAACGAUUGCGUUGAAUUCCGAAAAUGGAUUUGACGUGUCCCGAAAACUGACAGAAAAAGACGUGAGCAGACUGAGCGAGUUGGUGCUUAAAGAACUUGCAGCAAAGAGCAGUGUUUGUCUGGAUACUAUCAAAAGUCAAAUAUAUUUCGCUGAAGAAUACACUUCGAGAGAUGAUGUGCUGGAGAGGAUCCAGAGAGCACAAGAAAACCAACUGAGUCGACUGAGGACAGAACUCUUGGCCUGCAGAGCCCGGAGCAGCGAGGACCACAGCGCUCUUUACGGUCAAGUCAUCUCUUACAUGCUGCAGAGCUCUGGGAUGGGCUCGCGUGCCGAUGGCAUCAUCAUUGGAGAGGUUGAAGCUGCCCUGCGCAGCGUCUUCCCUCCCUCUAACCUGGGGACCUUCCUGAAGCUCCUCCAGAGCGACAAAGAGAGGCAGCUGAAGGAGCUCGCCACGGUGGUGGUCGGGAUCUGGCUUUUCAACAGAACCAGCAGGAAGAGCCCAAAAGAGGCCAUUUUAAGAGAACUAUUGUCCGCCAGUCGCCAGGAUACAUCACUGUUUACCUGUGAAGAAGUUGAGAAGGAGCUGAUGACCGCACAGAGGUCGGUGUGGAAACACACGGCAGUGUUGGAGAAGAUGACCAGGGGGGUGAGGGAUGCGUCAGAGGGUGGCGCUGUUUCCCCGGUCCUCCUCAGACAUGCGCUUUACAACGUCAGACAGCAGGAGAGGUUUCUCAAGCUGCUGCUGGCAGAUGCCCGCGUGUCUAUCCAGCAUGCUGAAGAGCUGCAGCGCCAACUCUGGUCCCAGCUGGAGCUGCUAAACAAAACCGUGCAGACCGUGAAAUCUGUUCCCACCACUAAAGUUUUUCCGCUCUUUAAGAUCCUAUCCAAACUUUGGUCUGGACUUCGGGAGGAGGCGGAGGUUCUCAGCGCCUGCAGCAGGGUGAUGUCGAAGCUGCGCUCCUUCUGCACCUCUGGGGUCCAGAUUUUCUUUGAUGCUGACCUGGACGGCUCGGAGGAGAGGACAGACGCGCAAAGACUGAUGGACAGUUCUGGUGACUGUAUUGAUCCAGAGCAGAUGGAAGACCAGGAGUGGCUUCUUCCUGGGACGACUGGGGGUUACUCUGAUCAGCCGCUGCAGUUCAGUGGAUUCUGUGGAUACAGCCUGGUGACAUCUGAUGGUCUUCUACUGCCAGGAAAUCCAUCCAUUGGUGUUCUGAAGCACAUGAACAAGUUCUAUGCCUUCUCCUCCCGAGACGCCGCUCGGCUGUUCGCCCGCAGGCCGAGCUACUUCAUCUCAGAGGUGGAAGAGAAAGCCAAGCGAUCUCCGGAGCUGAUUCGCCUGUUGCAACUGGACCUACUUUCUUCGGGACACCGUGUGGAGUCCAGGUGCGAGAUGGGCACUCAGACUGAUGUCCACCCAGUGGAGGCUCAUGUGGACCGCGCCUAUCACUGGAAUGAGUGGGAGCUGCGCAGGAGAGCCAUUCAACUGACGGACCUGCGCACCAAGGUCACACACUCAGCCCAGACCAGCAAUAGUCACAUGAGGCGAGAGAACUGCAGCCAGACGUGGAGAGUGAAGGAAAACUGCAGCCAGACCAGGAGAGACGGACACAGCAACGUGCCCCGACCCCAGGUUUACCUGGCCGGGGUGAGGGGACACAGAGUCGGCGGAGUGGAGAAAGUAAACCUGACCAGAUGUGUCGAGGAUUGAUCAGCUUCAGGAGGGGGAGUCACUGAAUUUUAGGAUAUACUCUGUGCAAACAAGGACAUUUAU